AUGGCCAGCUGGAUACAAACAGAUAUAGAUGAAGAAGUUGACAGCAUUUAUUCUCAAAUCUAUAUUUCAUUACCAACACGAGAAGUAAUUACGCUAUAUAACGUUCCAAAUCAAGUUACAAUUUUACAUCUUAAAUCAAUGAUUGAAUUAUACAGUGGUAUACCUCCUAACGUUCAAAUUUUGCAAUAUUUAACCACUACAGAUUUACAAGAUUAUCGUACAUUAGUCUCUUAUGGUAUUAAAACACGAGAUCAAUUAACAUUGACAUUCCCAGUAACUUGGACAAGUUUAUUUUUUGCUACAUGGUAUGGCGAUAUUCAGGAAGUUUUCUUUAGCGGUGUAACAUUAACCGAUCAGUAUCGUUAUACUGAUGAAGAAAUUACAAUGUUAAAUCGAAUUAUUGCAACACGCAGUUUUUUCGCUGUUAUGUUGUCUGCUCGCCAAGGUCAUGUUGAAUUGAUUAAGCAAUUACAUAAAAAUGGUGCUGACAUGAGCUGUUGUAGCCAAUUUGGUAGAAAUCCAUUACAUAUCGCUGCCUGGCAUGGACAUAUAGAUUGUGUUGAUUUUUUACUGCAAGUUAAUUGCCCGAUAUUGUCCUAUGACUUAAAUGGUAAAACACCUAUGCAAUUAGCAACACAACGUCAUCAAGAUGAAUGCCAACGUCGAAUCUGGUUACAUAUUUGGAAUUCAAGAAGCCAACUAAUUCGCGCUCGGAAGCAGACAACAGAUGAUAGUAAAACUAUUCAUUCUCAAAUCACGAUGAUUGAAGAAUUUAUCACCGGGCCAUCCGUGGGUAAUACAGAACUUGAUUAUGAAAAAACACUUUUAUCUAGAUGGUACGAUCCAUUUUCUCGAGAUCGAGAUGAAAUCGUGCUUAGAUUGAACAAUGUAGCUAUAGAUGAUCAUAUGGAUAGGCGAAUCAAUCAUAAAAAGUUAAAUCGUGUUAAAGUCAAGUUUGAUGAAGCAAACACUGCAAAUAAUGCUGGUAAAACACGUCGACAAGUAAUCUCUUUUGAACAACUGCCUGCAACUUACCCGAUAUUAUCUCAUGAUAUAAGCAGUCGGCAACAAAUUGGAAUCCGGUCUAAAAAUUCUAAUAAAUUUGAAAGAUGGUUUAUAGCUAAAAAGAGGCAAGUUCAAUACACAUUAGAAUGUUGCAUUGACUGGAAUGGGCAACGCAAACACGAAGAUGUUGAUUUAACAUUUGAAGAGUGGCUGGAAAUGAAUAAAAGCUAUUCUACAACAGGACGAGACCUUAAUCGAUCUAAUAGUAAUGCUCCCUAUACUUAUGAUCUUGAGCUUGAGGAUAUACGAAGUGAGAGGGAUUAUGAUCCGGUUGUAUUCGCAGAGUGGUUAGAGAGGAUAAGAUCCAAAGAAAGAAAGGAAAUAGAGCAUCAAACUGUCCAAAGAAUAACAGCUAUUAAACGAAAUCGCGGUAUGACGUUUAGCCAACUAUCGGAAGUUAAGAAGAAAAGAGAUCGCGCUCGUAUCAUGAUCUUGGAAGAAAUUAUCGACAGAGCUCCUACAAUGAAUCCUAAGCAAACUGAGAAUCACAACAGGAAUCAAAUAUCAUUUGAAGAAUGGUUGAAAAGGAAGGAACUAGAAUAUAAACUUAAGCAAUAUAGGUCUGCAUGGGCGAAGUUAAGGAAAAAACACGAUGAUAAGCGAAAUUAUUCUGCUAGUAAGCAAAGUUAUGAUCAGUGGCUCAGUAAUAAACUGUUCCAAGAGAGAGAGCAAAGGCGAAAUAUCGAAAAGGAGAGGAUCAGAACAGAUCAAUUUGAAGUUAAAAAGGAUUUAGAAAAGAAAAUAGAAGCUGAACAGAAAUUAGUGCGAUGGCGUCAGCAAAAACUACAACUUAAACAACGAGAUAUAAUAAAGAGAAAGCAAGAUGAAAUUCGUCAACAAGAGCUGAGAGAACAAGCUCUUGCAAAAAGGAAAAAUAUUGCUUUUGAUCAGUGGUUUGACAAAAGUAUCGAAGAUGAAAUAACAGAAAUUAUCGAUGCUAAGAAACAUGGGAAACCUAUAAAAAGGGAAUCAAAUACAAUUAUUCAAAUUUAA